AUGUGUGGAAUUACGGCAGCAAUCAAGCUCAGACGGAGCGGCUCCGUCAAUGGCAUCAACGGCGUUAAGUCGAACGGAAGCAGCGAUUUGAACGGACACGAGCAGAAUGAGCGGACAAAACAUGGUGCUCUCUACCAUCAACUAGAAGAGAGCCUCCAAAAGAUUGCUCAUCGCGGACCUGAUGCGUCUGGCAUCUGGGUCAGCGAGGACGGAACCAUCGGGCUUGGUCAUCGCCGCCUAGCAAUCAACGAUCUGUCCCCGGAUGGGGUGCAGCCCAUACAUAGUGACGAUGGCAAAAUCCAUGCGGUUGUCAAUGGAGAGAUCUACGAUCAUGAUGCCCUUAGAGAACACUGCAUCCAGAAGCACGGGUAUAAGUUUAGAGGCCACUCUGACAGCGAGGUUUUAGUAGCCCUCUACAAAAUUUACGGAGCCCCGGGAUUCUUUGAACAUCUACGCGGUGAAUUCUCCUUCGUCAUCUACGAUGAGAGGGAUGGACGAAUUAUCGCUGCCCGGGAUCGGUUUGGCAUCAAGCCUAUGUUUUGGACCCUCCAAGGCGAAGGAGACGAUAGUCGUUUGUUGUUCACCUCGGAGAUGAAAGGCUUCCUCGCUCUGGGCUGGGAGCCUGAAUGGAAUGUCUACGGUCUCAUCAGCUCAUCUUCACUACAAGCUGAUAAUACUAUCUUCAAAAAUGCAUGGAAGAUGAACCCCGGCGCGUGGAUGGAGGUAUCUCGAGAUGGAGAAAUCAGACACCAUCAAUAUUGGGACCCGGAGUAUAAAGACAAGCGAGAAGUGGAAACGCGGAGUUUAGACGAAAUGAUUCUCGAAGUUAGGAAACGUCUCAUCGAGGCGAUUCGACUUCGACUGCGUGCUGAUGUACCCGUGGGCAUCUAUUUAUCUGGAGGCAUUGACUCAUCAAUCGUUGCGGGAAUCGUAACGAAGCUGGUCCGCGACGAGGGUGUCAUGCUCGGGAACCAAGACGCGACAAAACGCAUAGCCUGCUUCACCAUCCAGUUCCCGGAGACUUCGGGCUUUAAUGAGGCUGACAUUGCCGAGCGAUCGGCCGAAUGGCUUGGCGUUCAGAUAUUGAAGAAGAAUAUGGAUGAGACUGAACUUGCCAACAAUUUUGCCGGCGCAGUCUAUCACACGGAACAUCAUCAUUUCGAUCUCAACUGCGUGGGGAAGUACUGUCUGUCGACGCUACCCAGACAACAUGGUGUGCCUGUUGUUCUUACUGGAGAAGGCGCCGAUGAGCACUUCGCUGGUUAUCCGUUCCUUCUACCGGACUUUCUGCUGGAGCCCGAUUACGCUUGGCCUGGUUCUGCGUUGGCACAUGACGACAACGUGCGCGAGGGUAUGCACAGAGAGAUGGCAGAAGACAUCAAGAACAUGUUCGACAGAGUUGGCAUGUUCCAACAUGACUGGAACAACAAUCCCCAACAAGACUUCGGUGUUGGGAACAACUCCCUGAGAUGGCAACCCAGUAAGGAUCUUUUCGCGCCCUGGGUCCAGGAGAGAUACGGAGAUUUUGAUAUGAGAGAGGUCAUGGCUGCAUCCGUGCCACUCGAAGUUCGGAAGAAGAUGGAUGAGAAGUGGCACUCGCUGCAUUCUAGUCUUUGGGUUUAUACCAGACUUCCACUCGCCAACAUGGUUCUGACCUGUCUCGGCGAUCGCACGGAAAUGGCCCACAGUGUCGAGGCGCGAACGCCGUUCUUGGAUCACCAUCUUGUCGAGUACGUCAACUCGCUGCCUCCAAGCUUGAAGAUCGCAUACAACCAGGUGGACGGAGAGGCUGUUGGAACCGGCGCAAGCUUAUGGUGGAAGAACCUGAGCGCAGCGCGUCAGUCCCUGAGCGAGAAGUGGAUCUUGAAAGAAGCCGGGAAACCGUUCAUCACGCAAGAGCUGUAUGAACGGCGAAAACACCCUUACUCGGCUCCCGUAAAGUGGUCUCGCGGUGGCCCCAUAAACAAGAUGAUGGAAGGUCUGAUCACGGAGGAGAACGUGAACAACUUGGGCUUCGUAGCAUGGGAGGAUGCGCGGGAUUGGUUGGAAAGGGGCUUCGGAGACGACGCUGAUCCGAGAGCAUUCAGAAAACUGGUGGUCACGGGUUCGUGGGUGGUUCUGAGCCGAGAAUUUGGCGUCAAGAAGGCUGUCAAGGAGCACUGGAAUAAUGGUGCUUAG